AUGUAUCUAGAUGAGAUUCUCCCCCGAUACACACAAGAAACCUAUAGUUUAUUGUCACGUAACUGUAAAAACUUUAGCAGUGAAGUCGCACAGUUUCUGGUGGGUGUCUCCAUACCAGAUUACAUCCUCAAUCUCCCUAACGAAGUCAUGAGUAGCCCAAUGGGUGCACUUAUAUGUAAGUUCCUCAUCCUUUUUAUCUUUUUAACUUUUCAUGUUAAAGAUGCAUUCGAGCUUUUAUGGAUUCUUAUCUUACACAUGACAUUUUGUAUGAAUCAUAAUGCCUAUGAUACAGAAUUUGGAGACCACAUUGAGGGAGAAACCAGCAGCCAAAAAAAUGUAAAUGUGGCCCCACCCCCACCCCCACCUGUAGUUGUGCCAGUUGGCACAUCACAAGAGAAACCAGUUAUUGUUGAUCCUCUUGGUGAUGCAAGGAUUAAAGUGCAAGAAGAGAUUGGUAAGGAGUUUGCUGCAAUGAUGUCUAGUUGGACCCUUCGUGCAAGUGAGGCUGCUGCACUUGUAACCAAAAAAGUGAUGCAGAAAUAUGGGCACAUGAAUGCUGCACAAAACUGA